UGCUUUCAGUUCUAGUGAAGCCACCGGUUGGGCCAGCCGCAGCAGCAGUGUUUCCAGACCGAACGUCCAUUAUCCACAACUACCCUGACCUUACACUCACCUGUGCAAAGAUGUCCUUAGUGCGUUUAAUUAGCAGCAAGGCAAGCCUGAUUGCCAAGCGUAGCUAUUCAUCGGCUGCUCCCACCACUAAGCUCUUUAUCGAUGGCAAAUUCGUGGAGUCCAAGACAAAUGAAUGGAUCGAUGUGCACGAUCCGGCCACCAAUAAGGUGGUUACCCGUGUGCCUAAGGCCACACAGGACGAGAUGAAGACGGCGCUGGAAUCGAACAAGAAGGCCUUCAAAUCGUGGAGCAAUCAAUCGAUAUUGACCCGCCAACAGGUCAUGUUCAAGCUGCAGGCUUUGAUCAAGGACAACAUGGGCGAGCUGGCCAAGAACAUCACCAAGGAGCAGGGCAAAACCUUGGCUGAUGCCGAGGGUGAUGUACUCCGUGGUCUGCAGGUUGUGGAGCAUUGCUGCAGCAUUCCAUCGCUGCAGAUGGGUGAGACGGUGGCCAAUGUGGCCCGUGACAUGGACACAUAUUCGCUGGUGAUGCCAUUGGGUGUUACCGCCGGCAUUGCCCCAUUCAAUUUCCCUGCCAUGAUUCCAUUGUGGAUGUUCCCCGUGGCCAUUACCACUGGCAAUACAAUGCUGCUGAAGCCAUCGGAGCGUGUGCCUGGAGCCACCAUGUUGCUGAUGGAGCUGCUCAAUGAGGCCGGCUGUCCGCCAGGUGUGGUCAAUGUCAUCCAUGGCCAACACGAUGCCGUCAACUUCAUCUGCGAUGCACCCGAGAUUAAGGCUGUGUCCUUUGUGGGCUCGGACAUCGCUGGCAAGUACAUCUAUGAGCGUGCCGGCAAGAAUGGCAAGCGUGUGCAGAGCAAUAUGGGUGCCAAGAACCAUGGCAUUGUGUUGAGCGAUGCCAACAAGGAGAACACAUUGAAUCAGCUGGCUGGUGCCGCCUUUGGAGCAGCCGGACAACGUUGCAUGGCACUGUCCACCGCUGUGUUUGUGGGUGAUGCCCAGAAAUGGAUACCCGAUCUCGUGGAACGCGCCCAGAAACUGAAGGUGAAUGCUGGUCAUGUGCCCGGCACCGAUGUGGGUCCCGUUAUCAGCUCGGCCUCCCGUCAGCGCAUCAAUGAUCUGAUUGAAUCCGGCGUGAAGGAGGGCGCCAAAUUGGUGCUGGAUGGUCGCAAGAUCAGUGUGCCCGGAUAUGAGGAUGGUUACUUUGUGGGUCCAACCAUUUUGAGCGAUGUCAAGCCACACAUGAAGUGCUACACCGAGGAAAUCUUUGGCCCUGUUCUGAUCAUCCUCAAUGCUGAUACGCUGGAUGAAGCCAUCUCGAUUGUGAAUGCCAAUCCCUAUGGCAAUGGCACCGCCGUCUUCACCACCAACGGCGCUGCGGCCCGCAAAUUUGUGAAUGAGAUCGAUGCCGGCCAGGUGGGCGUCAAUGUACCCAUCCCAGUGCCUCUGCCCAUGUUCUCGUUCACCGGCACACGUGGCUCGUUCCGCGGUGAUCAUCACUUCUAUGGCAAGCAGGGCAUCAAGUUCUACACACAGACCAAGACCGUUACUCAGCUCUGGCGCGAAACUGAUGUCACUCACACCCAGGCGGCUGUGGCCAUGCCCACCAUGAAGUAAACAUAUGUACACACAUAUGUCCACCUACAUACAUACAUACAACAAUAUGUAUGUUGGUAGCGGAAGAAAUUAUUGCAUUUAUUUUUUGUGUGCCUGUUAACUAGAAUUAAGCUAAGCCUAAAACACAACUGUAAAGAAAUUUAAAAAUAAACAUUUGAAAAUGAUAA